AUGCACAAAACUAUCCCAGUUCCUCAAACACCUCUUGAUGUAAUGGAUUCAACGGUUUUUUCUCCCUCAGCAGUUUCUGAACUCUCACAGAUGGAAGACCCUAACAUAACGCCUCAAGAAAGGCUGAAUGUGUUUCUUGCUUCUAGAGAUGUAAGCCCCAUAAGGACAGCGAUGAACACUUCAUGGCAUGCAGCGGCAGAUCGUACAAAAAGACACUAUUUACGUAAAGCUAGGCAAGUUAUUCACGCAACACUUGAAGAAAUCGUACCAGAAAAUGCUGAAGAGCUAUUAAGAGCCGUGCAAGAAGGAAGUAUGGGCGGAGAAAGUGACUUGGAUUCAACACUUUUGGAAGUCUUGGUCGAAUGUUACGAUAAUGCAAACUGUUGGAGCAGCCGCAGACAGAUACUGUCAAUCAUGGCUGACAAAGUCAGCUUUACAACGCUUCAAAAGUGGAUCCCUGGUAUAUCACGUUAUCGGUUUUCAAUUGCACGCCACCAUCGAUUGCUUCAUGGAAGAGGAUCUGAAGUUCCUCAACGUGACCAACGGCAAACACGAAUGAGGGCCUCACCUGAACAGCUGGAUCAUUUCUUAGCGUUCAUAACGAGUUCAAGAGCUAUCCAAGAUUUACCAUUUGGUGAAAAAACUCUAAAACUAUCUUCUGGUACUGAAAUCAAGAUCCCAAAUGUAAUAAGAACCUCAAUCCCAGAACAGAUCGUAAAGCAGUAUGAGCGCUAUUGCGCAGAAAUAGGAUAUAGCUCCCCUUUAAGUCGAAGCAGCAAUCUAAGGAUACUGAAAGUGUGCUCCGCAUCGAUGCGCAAAUCGCUUCAAGGGCUCGACUAUUUCUCUGCUGAUGGGGCGAAGGCCUUUGAUGAUUUACAAGAAGUUGUCGAGAAGCUUGGAGAUCGCUACCAACGAGGAAUGUCAUGGUCGAAAGAAAUUUCAAAAAAGCUGAAGCUGGCAAAGCGCUACUUGAAAGGGGAUUAUAAGGUUAGUGGCUAACUUCCUAAUCAAUCAAAUCAAAUCUUCUGUGAUCAAAGUGUGUGUUAAUCAAAAUAUUUGGUUGUGUAAGCCCCCAUUAAAGAAAGUGAUUGCUUUGAAAUUUUUUGAUCAAUGACUUUUUAAAAAUUUAAUCACAGAAAGCUUGGAAGUGUAAACCGAGCAUAGUUAGCAAUCCAGCAUGCAAAUUCGUCCGCCAUCAUAAUAAGCGCCAUAUUUUUCUUUCAGGUACACAUAUCGUCUAGUUCAAGGAUUCCUGAUCAUUGUCGGCCCUAUGCCUUAAGCCAUGCCAGUGAUCCAGAUUAUUUGCAGUUCUGUAAGCAUAAACAUGAUCUAAUCUGCGACAGAUGCAAUCUGUUUCUUGCUGCUGUGCACGAAAUGGAGUCAGUUUUGGACGAAGAUGAUAUACCCCUAGAAGAAAAAGAGGAAAUGAAGUUCAUAGUAACCCAGGCAAAGAAGAAUAUCGAAGCUUGGAAAGCCCAUUUACUACGAUCCGUCAACCAAGAUCAGGCUCGGUUAGAUAUUCUUGACAAACUGGAUGACACUUCAGUACUCGUCAUCUUGGAUUGGGCAAUGAAAUUUAUUCCCAGAAGAUACCGAGAAAGCCAGGCCAACUGGUUCGGCAAAAGAGGUAUUUCUUGGCACAUCAGUGUAGCCAUGAGAAAGGUAGAUGGCAAACUACAAAACCUCACUCUUGUUCACGUGUUCGACAAAAGCAACCAGGACAGCUUGUAUGUGAUAGCAGUAAUAGAUGACGUCAUUUUCCUGUUAAAGCGCGCAAUGCCAGAACUGAAAUCUGUCAACUUUAGACAAGAUAAUGCCGCCUGCUAUCAUAGCUCAGCCACCGUAAUUGGAGUGCAAAACCUCGCAAGAAAGCACAAAGUGGCCAUUCGUAUAGAUUUUUCUGAUCCUCAAGGUGGCAAAGGUCCCUGCGACCGCAAAGCUGCUGUGUAG